GGGAAGGGAUUGGGCAUGACCAUAGCGCGCAUAUUUUCUGACAAAGUUACUGCAAGUUGAUACUGGAAAUGGCAGUAGAAGCUACACGUUAUCAUUAAACCUUAUUUGGGGGAAAUAUCCUCUUUAGAAUGGCAGAACAUGAAGGAUACGUGGAUGAGCUUCAGCGGUGGGUCGAAACCGCGGUGCUGGAGAACAGCAACAUAAAACAGCAGCAAGACCACAAUGCACAGACAGCCAAAUGGAUCACUGAAAGGGAGAAGGCACUCAACCGUUCCCGCUUCCUUCAUGAUAGUGUGCAUGGGUCAGUAUUGGAGUGUGAGGCGGUGUGGAAGGGCUUCUACAGAAAGCUGGAUCUUGAGUACCGAGACACAGAUUCUGAGAAUGACGAUUCAGACCAUAAGCAACUGGCCGAUGUCAUACAGUUAGCGGAGGCUGUUGUGGAUAAUGGUGAUGAGAAUCAUGACGAUGAAAACUUCAUGGAUUGUGAUGAACCUGACACAAGUCCAGCUGUUGUGAAAAUGGAGCAGAGCCUGCUGGAAAAUGGUGCAGAGGCAAUGGAGGAGUCCUGCUGGUCAGCUAAGAAAGAGCCACAGCUUGGCAAACAGUCUGUGAACAGUGCCAACCUUAUUACCCCAACACACAUGUUGAAGGAGAGCACACCACGAGUGCCAAGUCCACAAGCCCCUCCCUCGGCUCAAAGCACCCCUAUGCCCACAGCAGUCCAUGAGAGUCCCACCUCACCUCUGCCAGUGUCCACCCCUGGCAGCCCGUCUGCCAAGGCCAAAAAGGAGGUGAAUGCCAGCCUCAUCAAAUCAAAGUUGAAAAACUAUGUCCGGUCCGUGUCGGAUGGUCCUCAAAAGCCCAAGUCCAAAGCUUCCAGUCAUGGUCCCAGUAAGACCGGUAAAGAUUCGACACCCAGCGACAACCACAAAACGCCGACAUCCAGUCCUGCCCCUGAGACAGAGAACUCUACGCCUGAGACAUCUAGCAAGAAAAAAAAUACAGCCAGGAAACAGACGUCCAUGAGAAGCUUCUUCACGCAAGCAAUCGCCAAGCCUAGCGUCACAAAACCCAACAAGACUACUUCUGAAAAGGUGGAAUCUGGAAUGUCCAGUGAAAAGCACAGACCAGGUGCCACCAAAAAGCAGGCGCUUGCCUCAACGCCUGCAAAAGUUUCAAAUUCCAAAUCCGAUCCGAAAAAUCUCUCGGACGCUAAAGCGCCCGCAACCGUUAGCGCCACUUCCAGAUCCCAGUCAGCCUCGUCUGUCUCAACAAAUUCCAAAGUGAACACUCCGAGUAACACUACACCUCCCAUUGAAACCCGGAUUUCCAACGUCAACAGAACACACACAUCCUCCCCCAACACCACUGCAGCUGGAAAACCACUCCGCUCGACCAGGGAAGCUGCCAACACGAGCAACACAGCGUCCAAAUCUCUGAUGUCCAGCUCUCAGUCCUCUACAUCCGCAAGCCAACAACAGAACUCUGCAAAUUCAACUGUACAGGCCAACCAGAAAAAAUCAACCUACACACCAAGAUCUGUUAGAGAUGUUUGGGGAAGCGACUGUGAUGAUUCUUCGGAGGAUGAAGCCACCAAGACAAGAAAGGUGUCUAAAUCUCAGAAGUCCAGCUCCCAGUCUGCUGCACCUGCCAACCAACAGAAGCAGCCGCCGCAGAACUCCACUCAACAUGGAAACCCAACAAAAUCGGCCCACCUGUCAUGGACAAGACCCACGAAGAUCGUGCCACCGCAGCCAGUGAAGGAGCUCAAGGUGGACAUGAAAGUGAUGGGCAGGCAGAGGACCAAGACCUGGAAGGAGGCCACUCUCGCAGAGAUCAGGCCCAUAGAUGGUGGUUUCAAAUAUAAAGUACACUUUGAGCUGAAGAAGAUGUUACUGUCGGGGCAUCAUGUGGCUUUUCAUAACUCGCCGAUGUUGGCCCAGCUGAAAAUCGGCGCUCGGGUGGCAGCCCGGUUCCGUGAGGGGGACCAGUCCUGGUUCAUGUCUGCGGUCAUAACGGAGCUUCCCGACCGCAAGAAUCGCAUGAGGUUCCUGGUGUUCUAUGAUGACGGGAAUGUUAGUUACGUAACCCUCCCGGACAUGCACCUCGUCUACAAACCAUUGGACAACGUGUGGGAGGACAUCGAGGACCCAGAGGUGCGGCACAUCGUGGAGGAGUUCUUGCAGCAGAGCCACGUCCCCACCAUCCUGGUGCUGCGCGAGGGGGAGGAGCUGCAGGUGCGGCGCGACGGAGAGUGGCAGGACGCAACCAUCACCGAGGUCGACUGUAGCCUGGUGAAAAUCACCUUUAAGGGAGAUCAACACAGCGAGUGGCUCUACAAAGGCUCUGAGCGCUUGAUUUAUGUGUAUAGAAUUAGGAAACGAAGUCAAGAGGAAAAACAGAAAGAAGGGACGAAAUCUUCUGGAAGACCUCCUGUUUCUAAACCUCAGUCAGCCGCUGUGGUCUCAACUACUACUACCACUACCACUUCUCAGCAGAACAGCGCACCAGCCACGAGCACAGUCGCGGUGAAGAGGACGACAGCCACUGUCCACGAUGUGCCAUUAAAUAAAAGGCAACUAAAAGUGGUGUUGACAAAAAUGUCACCAUCAGACAUCGCCUCACGUAACCGAGGAUCCAGGCCCACUCCAGAGGCCUCGCCUUCUCCUCCAGCCACCGCUGCUAAUGCUGCUGCUGCUGCACUUCCUCCUCUCCGGGGAGUUAAACGGCCUCUACCCUCUGCUGAAGUGGACUCCCCCGUCGUUGUCCCCCCGUCUCGUCGUCCGACGUUCAAUCCCCACCGCUGCUGUCCAGCGUGUUUGGACCCCCUCCGCCCGUCACAACCAAAUCUUCAUAUUGGACGCAACCCCCUUGAGAUCCCUCGUCUUCACAGCUUCUUUAGGAUCACAGGGCGCCGUCGUAUCGACGGUAAGGUGUCGUUCCAUGUGUUUUACCGCUCGCCUUGUGGGCGGAGCCUCAGCACCAUGAAACAGGUGCAGGACUACCUGUUCCAGACGCGCUGCGACUUCCUCAUGCUGGACAUGUUCUCUCUGGACCCCUUCGUGUUGGUCAAGCGCGCCCCGUCGAGGCAGCCGCAGGUGUUCUUCUCUCUCCCGGACAUCUCCGAGGGAAGCGAGACUGUGCCCAUCCCCUGCGUCAAUCUGCUGGAUUCCACCAGGCCGGAACUUAUCGAGUACAUUGCCAAAAGGACACCAGGCAAGGGGGUGAACAUAAACACCCAGACGGACUUCCUGGUGGGCUGCGACUGCACUGAUGGCUGCUUGGAUAGUUCGAAGUGCUCGUGUCACCAGCUCACAGUUGAGGCCACAGCGCUGUGUCGCGGAGGACCUAUGGAUGGAAGUGCUGGCUAUGCUCACAAGCGGCUACUUGCACCUCUGGUUACAGGGGUGUAUGAGUGUAACCCGCUGUGCCGCUGUGACCCGCGGAUGUGCUGCAACCGGGUGGUACAACACGGCCCCCAGCUCCGGCUGGAGCUGUUUAAGACCCAGCACAAAGGUUGGGGCAUCCGGUGCCUGGACGACGUGGGCAAAGGCACGUUCGUUUGUACAUUUGCAGGUAAAAUAGUGACUGAUGAACUGGCUAACGCUGAGGGUAAGGUGUCUGGUGAUGAGUACUUUGCUAACCUGGACUACAUCGAGGGAGUGGAGAAAAUGAAAGAGGGCUACGAGAGCGACGCUUUCUGUUCAGAUGGCGAGGAUGCCAGCAAAGAAAAUGCCAAGAAACCCCAGUCUGAUGCAGCAAGUAACAGCACUGCAGUUAUGCCGUCAGUUAUGGACAGUGAUAGUGAUGAUUGUGACAAUGAUGACGAUGAAGACUAUGAUGAGGGUGAUGAUGAUGACAACGAUGACUCUUCAAGUGAGGCCCAUACCUGUUCUGAUGACAGUUUUGUGGGUGAUGACCUAGAAGAUGACAUAACCAUGCGGAGAAACUAUAUAACCCGUCGAAAUGCCAAGAUACUGAAGGUCUCUGUAGACAUCAAGAGCCCCACACGGUCCCAUGGUUCACGAUCUGGUUUUGCCGUCAAGUCCACCCAUCGGAAGGUGAAGCCUGGUGUUGAAACAGCCAACCCAAGUCCCAAGAAGGAUUUGCCCUCUCAAAAUGCUACCCGGAGGCUCUUUGAUGGGGAGGAGAACUGUUACAUAAUUGAUGCACUCCAGCAGGGCAACCUUGGGCGCUACCUCAAUCAUAGCUGUGAUCCUAACCUGUUCGUCCAGAAUGUGUUUGUGGACACACAUGACCUCCGCUUCCCUUGGGUUGCUUUCUUCACCAAAAAGCGUGUCAGAGCUGGAACAGAGCUAACAUGGGACUAUAAUUAUGAGGUGGGGAGCGUGGAGGGGAAGGUCCUGCUGUGUAACUGUGGCUCCGAACGAUGUACAGGACGCCUGCUGUAGAAUGUUUUCUGUUAAUGUGUUUUUAUAAGUAAUCCCUUGUUGUAUGACUUUUCUAUUUAUGUUUUUUAAAAUAAAAUGAAAACUAUCUUAA